AUGUUUAAAGGAGAUUACAGUACCAAGAAGCAAAUCCUUGGAAAUGGUUACAGCAAGGCUGGCAGCGUGCCGUCACACCCCUCAUUACCUCACAGUCUGACCUUCUCCGAAGACUCAGAUGAAGAGAAGAAGCUGGAACUUUACAGAGGCUCCAGUAUCUUAGGAAGAAGUGUUCAGGAGUUCCACAACUGCAAUGACAGCAGGAUCAAGGCCUACCACAUGGGACUGAUCGAGGACCAUGAGAGAUGCGGACAUAGCGAGCAGACUUACAUUUAUGAUUACGGAUCUGAGGUGGAGGUCUCAGUGGACAUGAUUCCUCAGAUGGACGGCUCU